AUGAUCAACUCCAAGUGUCUUGAGAUAGAGAGGCAAACCCUCCUUCAAUUUAAAAGUGGCCUUUCUGAUCCUGCCCACAGGCUUUCUUCUUGGAUCGGAGACGAUUGCUACUCAUGGGUGGGCAUUACUUGCAGUAAUGACAUCACCAAACAUGUUGUCAAGCUAGACCUGCAGAAUGUGGUAAUACUUCAAUCUUAUUAUAUUUCCUCCUUCUACACAUCAUGUGAUAUAAAUAAGGCUCUUGGAGGAAAGCUAGAUCCAACUCUUGUAAAUCUCCAACAACUUCAUUUCUUGGACUUGAGCUGUAAUUAUUUCAAUGGAAUUCACAUUCCAGAAUUCAUGGGCUCUUUCCAGAAGUUGGAAUAUCUCAGUCUAUCUCAAGCUGGCUUCAUAGGUAUUAUCCCCCAUCAGUUUGGAAAUCUCUCUGCUUUGAAAUUCCUUGAUCUAUCUUACAAUUAUAUACAUGGGAAUUUUCUCAUCAUUGACAAUGCUGGUUGGCUAUCUGGACUCACUUCUUUGAAAUAUCUCAACUUGAGCUAUGUGGAUAUGUCCCAUGCAUCAAAUUGGCUUUCUGCAAUUAACAUGCUUCCUUCCUUGCUCGAUAUUCAUCUAUCAGAAUGCGGGCUUCAUUUCCCAACGCUUAAUCUCCAGUAUUUGAAUUUUACAUCUCUAUCUACUCUUGAUCUUUCUGCAAACUCCAUUAACUCCACCCUACCUAAUUGGUUGUUCAACGUCAGCAACCUUGAAUAUCUUUACCUUGGAGACAAUGAAUUCAAAGGCAAAAUUCCCAGCAAUAUUCAGAAACUUGACAUCUCUCAAAGCUCUUUACUUGUCUUAUAA